AUGCAGUUCUCCACCGUCGUCGUCCUGCUGGCAACCUUGACCAGCAGCGCUUUGGCCCUGCCAGCUCCGCAACCCUCCGCAUCUGCUCCUCCAACCUGGACCAUCGAGGGCUUCCGACGCCAAUGCGCAACCGAUGGCGGCCCAUGCUCGUACUCUUUUGCGGUCAACACCAACGAUGGUAGCGCGGCAACGCCAUGCUCCUACUCCGUCUCCGGAUCUCUGGAAGAUCCGCCAGCUCGCAAGACCUACCAAGGGCCCGUUUGCGGCGCAUUCACCGUUGGAUCUAUUUGGUCGGGACAAUUCGGCGAGGACGCUGGGUUUCAGACGCUCAGCGUGGUGAAGGGACAGAAGAUUGUCUACCCUGCUUACACCGAUGUGCAAUUGCAGUCUGGGAAAGUCGUGGUGCCAGACCAGAGUUAUCCAGUGCAGCCAACCCUUUAG